AUGAGAGCCUCAUUCUCAACCGCCGCCAGCUUCCUGCUGCACUCGGCAGUCUUUGCACAGACGUACCAGCCGACCUGGCAAUCGACCGACCAACACAACGCCUCGCCAGAGUGGUUCCGAGACGCCAAGUUUGGCGUAUACUGGCAUUGGGGCGCCUUCACAGUGCCGCAGUUUGGCAGCGAGUGGUACGGCCGCAACGUCUACCUGCCCGACACAGACGAGCGCAAGCACCACACCACCACGUACGGCGCGCCGCCCGAGGUGUGGGGUUACGAGAACUUCAUCACCGGGAGGAACGACGCCAAGGGGAACUUUGUCCAGUUCAAGCCCGUGCUUGCCUCCGAUGGCGGUAGCUUCGACCCCGAGGCCUGGAUGGCGGUCAUCAAGGCGUCGGGGGCCAAGUUCGCCGGCCCUGUCGGCGAGCACCACGACGGCUUCUCCAUGUGGAAGAGUGAGGUCAACGAGUGGAGCUCGGUCGACUAUGGCCCCAAGAUUGAUCUGCUGAAGCUUUUUGCGGGCCUGGUCCGGGGUAACGGUCUCAAGUUGGUGGUGGCCCUGCACCAAGCCUUCAACCACAACGGAUUCUUCGAAGGUGCCCCGCAGCAGACUGAUCCCAGCCUGCAGAAGCUCUUUGGCCAGCUGCCCAAGAACGUAUCCGACCAGCUCUGGUUCGACAAGGCCCGCGAGGUCAUCGAUCAUGUGCAGCCCGAUAUGAUCUGGAACGACUUUUCCCUGAACAGCCCCGGCUACUGCCAAAACCCCAAGUUCGUAUGCAACAUCGAAGAGAGCCAGCGGCUCAAAUACCUGGCCUACUACUUCAACGCCGGUGAGAGGUGGGGCAAGGAGGUCGUCACCAGCUACAAGCACUUUGACCAGGGUUUUCGUACCACGUCGGCCGUUGCAGACUGGGAGCGUGGAGGCCCCGCGGAGCUCGAGCGCCCUUACUGGCUCACCGACGACGCCAUCAGCGCAACGAGCUGGAGCUACACCGAAGGCAUCAGUUAUUACAACUCGACCCAGAUGAUCCACUCCAUGCUCGACCGCGUCAGCAAGAACGGCAACAUGCUGCUCAACGUCUCGCCCACCGCCGCAGGUGUCAUGCCCGCGGAGCAGCAGCAGAUCCUACGCGACAUCGGGACCUAUCUGGCCCGCUACGGCGAGUCCAUCUACAGCACACGAGCUUGGGAUAUAUACGGCGAGGGCCCGACAAAAGCCGGCGGCGGCUCGUUCACUGGCCCGAUGAUGGGCAACUCAAACGACCUGCGCUUCACACGCAAUAAGGACGGCAACGUGCUCUACGUCAGCGUUCUCGGCUGGCCGAGCAGCGGCCAGGUUCCCAUCAAAGCCCUCGGCUCUGACCGUCGCGUAGACAUCUCCAGCUUGCGGUCCGUCCAGCUUAUGGGAGACAAAGCCGGAGAUUUUAUCGAUUUGACAGGCUUCAGCCAGGCCGCCGACGCGCUCGUCAUCACCCUCCCGCAACAGCCCGCCCAGUCGCCCGCUUACGUCCUCAAGCUUACCUUUAAUGGUCAGAUUCCCGUGGUUCAGCAGGUCCUCGGCGCCUCUGUUUUCGCCUCUCCCGAUGCCACGGGUGCCGGUGUGUCGCUUGCAAAGGGCAACUUCACGCAAAUGUGGGUUGCAGAUGCUGGACUUCAACUGAAAAAUGUUCGUUUUCUGCGUGUCUCGGAGGGCACAUCGGUAACAAUCUAUUCCCAGGACAGUCAAACUGGCAUAUCGACGAAACUGGGGGCGGGAGACCACCAGCUGGAAGCUGGCUCUGUUGGGUCCCUUGCGGUUGGUGAUACAUAG